UGACAUUAGCGCGCGCUUCCAGCUCAAACCUUCCCUCCGCAGUGAGAGUGUCGUCGUGCUGCACGUCCGCCAGCUAACAACACAAAGACUGAGCUUUCACAGCGGCCUGUCUCUCUCCUACUCGGUGUUAACUCACUCUGCAGCAUCCAGUUUGACGGAGUGACGCUAAAAAACAAACAAAAACUCAUCUUCGUUUGAAUCUACGCAGACUUAAAACUCCACCGCAGACAUGUUUGAGGCUCGUCUGGUCCAGGGCUCCAUCCUGAAGAAGGUGCUGGAGGCUCUGAAGGAUCUGAUCACAGAAGCCUGCUGGGACGUCAGCUCGUCCGGCAUCUCCCUGCAGAGCAUGGACUCCUCUCACGUCUCCCUGGUGCAGCUCACCCUGCGGCACGAUGGUUUCGACUCGUACCGGUGCGACAGAAACCUCGCCAUGGGAGUCAACCUCAGCAGCAUGUCAAAAAUCCUGAAGUGUGCUGGAAAUGAAGACAUCAUCACCCUCAGAGCAGAAGACAACGCAGACACACUCGCCCUCGUGUUUGAGACACUCAACCAGGAGAAGGUGUCAGAUUAUGAGAUGAAAUUGAUGGACCUUGAUGUAGAGCAGCUGGGUAUUCCAGAGCAGGAGUACAGCUGUGUGGUGAAGAUGCCCUCCGGGGAGUUUGCCCGUAUCUGCCGCGACCUGUCCCAGAUCGGUGACGCCGUUAUGAUCUCCUGCGCCAAGGACGGAGUCAAAUUCUCCGCCACAGGAGAGCUGGGCACAGGAAACGUCAAGCUGUCCCAGACCAGCAAUGUAGACAAAGAGGACGAGGCAGUCACCAUCGAGAUGAAUGAACCCGUCCAACUGAUCUUUGCCCUCAACUACCUGAACUUCUUCACCAAGGCCACACCGCUGUCAAAGACAGUCACCCUCAGCAUGUCUGCUGAUAUCCCCCUCGUGGUGGAGUACAAGAUUGCUGAUAUGGGUCACGUCAAAUACUACCUGGCACCAAAAAUCGAUGAAGAGGCUUCCUAAGUUGUUUACAGCAUUCCAAAAAGGGAGAAUAGAGAAAGGCGACUGGGACUUGUCCUGAGUGAUUGAAGGGCUGGUGGUCAAUGAUCACUGUCUGAUGACCUCCUCUCUAAUGAGAUUCACAGCAGGAGGUGUUGUCAACUUUUAUUAACAGUCAGCUGUCAGACGUAUGAAUGAAGCCAUCUGUGCGAUUAAAGCUUCAGUGCUUUGCUUCUGAAGACGUGUUCAGAGUUGCUGGCUGUGGGUCCAGGCAGCCCCGGUGCAAAUUUCAGCACUUUUCACUCCCCUUUGGUGUUCUCUCUCUAUUUUUGCCCAUUUUUGAAAAUCAGAUUUCAAGUAUCCCAUUCCUUGUAGAUAAUGCAUUUGUAAAUACUUCCUGUGGUUUCACACUGUCAACCAACCCCAAAUGUUUUUGUAUUCAUUGAUUCAGUCCAAAAUAAAUGGCUCAAGUUGUUUCCAAUUA